AUGUCGUACUUACUUACGGAAAUAGCCCUGGAGAUGCUGGGCUACAAGUUCUACGACACUAAUGGCAUAUUUCACCUUACAAAUUUCCAAAAUAACACGACGCUCAGCGAGUCGCAUCCCGACGAGCCCUCGCUGACCGAAUUUAUCGAGCAGGCCGAAUCCGCGGAUGGUUUUCCUCCUGGUCAAACUUCUCAGAAGGAUGCGGAUCCGGUCGCCGGCCCCAGCAACGCUCUUACCCUUGAUUCACACAAUCCGCGACGCACUCCGGCCAAAGCACUGGCCAAAAUCCUAGACUAUGAGAGCGACAAGAUUGUAAACCAAAUAAGUGCCCGUCUGCAGCGGUCGGUGGUGCGACGAGCAGCAGGGCACAGUGAGGAGCUGUUAGGCGAGGUCGUAGACGAGGAGAGACGACUUAUCAAGGAAGAUGCCGCCGAAAUGAGAAAGUUUCGCGAGUUCCUGCAAUCGCGCCUGCAGCGACUGGACAAGCGGCCCUAUGAAAAGUACGUACGGACCUUUGGCGCGGAGUAGAACCUAUCUCGGUACAACACAAUAAUUUGAAACAAGUAUAAUUAAGAAUUGGCCGUUAAGUUGUUUAUAAACAUGAAUAAAAUGGUUAUCGACAGUUUGA